AUGGCCCCAGACUUGAAGAAUAAGCAGAUGGUAACGAGCCUCAUCUCUUUGUAUGCACAAGUCGUUAUCUGGUUCUGUCGAUCCGGUCUCCUUCCCGAGGGUUUAGAUGAUGACAUGCAUUUGUCUAGAGCUUUCUACAAUUACCCUCUCAUUCAGAGCUACUAUACUGGUCAUCGACAGAAACUUGAGCGUUUAUCAAGAGGAAAAUGGGAUUCUGACUGUUUGAUGAUUGAUGGAAUGGUUUCCCAGUUAGGAGACCAAGUUGAGAAGUUGUGGCGGAGAGAUGAAGGAGGAACUGGGAAAUACCCACCUGCCAGUUUACAUGCACUGCUGGAUCUCUAUUUACUAGAAAGCAUUGAAGAAAUCUACAAACAUGCAAUUACAAUUUACUUGCUGCUAGAUAUCAUGCAUUCAUUUCCAAAUAAAACAGAAACUUCAGUUGACUCCUUCCCAACUGUGUUUGCUAUCCCUUGGGGUCUUGUUAAACUUAUUCAAGGGUUUUGGCUUCUAGAUCACAAUGAUUAUGAGAAUUCACUGGCCCUGCUUUUUCAUCCAGCUACAAUCAAAACUGUGCCAUGGCAACAUACGAGAAUUCUUCAGUCCCUCAUGUGCCAAGGAGAGCAUAGGCGAGCCCUCAGAUACAUACAGAUGAUGAAGCCAGCCGUGUCAAGCAGUAGUGAAGUGCAGCUUUUCCUCACUGUGUUGUUGUCCAACAGGUGCAUGGUGGAGGCUUGGAGUCUGUUGCAGCAACACACCACUAAGUUAAGUAUGGAAGAGCUGUUAAAACAUAUGUAUGAGAUCUGUCAGGAGAUGGGACUGAUGGAAGACUUACUGAAGUUACCUUUCACAGAGAUUGAACAAGAGUGUUUGGAGAAGUUUUUGCAGACGAAUGCUGGUGCUCAGAAUCAUGAAUUUCUUUUAGUCCACCAUCUUCAGCGUGCCAACUAUAUCCCAGCACUGCAGUUGAAUCAAUCAAUGAAGGUUAAUCUUACGAAUGAUCGUGAUCCUCGCUUGAGAGAGAGAGCAGUUGCCAGAAAUUCUAUGUUAGACCAAUAUGGCAAGAUUCUUCCUAGAGUUCAGAGGAAGCUGGCAGUAGAGAGAGCCAAGCCGUACCAUUUGCCUUCAUCUGUCUUCAGAGAGGUCACAAGACCAAAGCCAUUGUCAACCAUAACAAAACAAGCUAAUGCAGGAAAUGUGCAUACGAGAGGAACUUUCAUCAGUAACGUAUUAUCCAAAAUUGGAGAAGUAUGGGUAGGAAAUGAGCAGAAAAGUAGUUUCUUACAAUAUAAUAGUCCAAGAGUUAUAGAACCACCAGUCAUGACACGUCCUUUCCCUGAUGCGGAGUUGCGUGAUGCAUUUGUUGGGACACCGGUUUCAAGAAAAUGUUCCAGAUUGCUGGAUUUGGUGGUUUGUCCUGUUCCUUCAAGUUCUGCAGCACAGGGUGGUAGCUGGCAGUCACCAUGCAGGCCUUCUACUUCAUUCAUGGCAUCCAGCCCACUGAAAUCAAAUUGGCAUGGUCCCAUCUCACAAAAUAGUUUUUCAGGAGCAUCAGAGCUGAAUUUACUAGAGACUCCUCUUGUGGUUAAGAGAGCUAAAGGUUUGGCCACAUCUGCUUCUGAAUUUCCUGGGUUUACUCUUCAGUCUAUUCUCAGAUCCAGCCUUCGCACCACCCCUCUAGCAACUCCCUCUGCAUCUCCAGGACGAUCAGUUACUCCUCCUCUACGAGCAAAGGAACCUAGAAUAUCUUUCAGGGAGGAGAACUCCAAUGCAAAAUGGACUGUUGGGGUAGCAGCAGAUGAUAAAGCCUUACCUGGACCUUCAUCUGAGCAUUGUCAUGAAAUGGUGGAGGAUGCUUGGUCUGAAAGUAGAGAUAAACCAACUCUGUUUACUCUCAACAACCCUGAGGAUGCUAAUGCUGAAAUGGAAGAGUCUAGAGAAAGCAUACCUGGAGAUAGUUUGGAGAAAAUGGAUGUCAGCAAAGAAAACAGUAACUUCUCUGUCAGGUCAGACCAAACUACUUUAGAGUAUCAGGAUGCAAAAUCACCUGGCGAUUUUGAAGAUGAUGUCAUCUUUAUAGCUGCUAAACCAGCUAAUUCUUCCACUGAAGAAAUUGUUGAUUUUCAAGAAUCUGAGAAGGAAGAGGACAGUGAAAUGGUUGAAGAUAAACCUUUCCGGAUAGAACAAGCAGAUUCAUCAGAAUUAGGAAAAGAAAUUGGAUUUGUGGAAGAAUCAAAUGCUGAACGUCUUACCCUUCCUGAGGAUGAUAAAUUGGUGUUUAAUUUACCAGCAGCUGAGGCUGCUACUUUUGGGACUGCAAGUGAAGGUGAAGCAAACCACCAGGAGUCCAAAAUGUCCACUUCAUCAGAAGAAAAAGCCAUACCAGUUGCAGCAAAUGAAUCCCCGGAGGCAGACAAUGAAUCUGUGAUAAGUAUCCUUGACAGCGAGGAUGUGGUUAGUACACAUUCAGAAAAUCGCCUUGAGGAGAAGUGUGUGGAUUUGCCUGAAGAAUGUAAGCUAGAAGCAGCUGAAGUUGAAGAAAAUGUUCCUUUUCUGCAGAAAGAAACAGCUGUUUCUAACAAUCUUCCUAAGACUGAGGAAAUUAAUGUUCUUGAAGAUAGUGCGGUUAAAGCACCAACCUUGGAAGAAGCACCUGAAGCAUCACCAUAUAGUGAACUACAUCCAUCAGGCAAUCUUCAGUACAGCUAUGAUACUAUAGAGCAACAGUUUGCAUGUGAUUUGCCUGAUCAUAACGAUGAUGAAUGUGAUGCAGCUGAGGGAGAUGGAGAGCUUUUUCUGUCUCAGAGUAAUUUUACUUUAGUCUUGGAAGGAGAAGAAGGUGAAGUGGAGAUGGGAGACCCUGCAUUAGUAGAUGUUUCUAAACCAGCUGGCACAACAACAGAGGAAGAACCUGGGAACAAUUUAGGAAAUGCCGAAAACCAGGAACAUGUUACAAACUCAGUGUCCACUGUAACUAGUGAUCAGGAAUCUCAAAAUAUUGCAGAGUCACUCCCAUAUGUGCCUGAACCCAUUAAGGUAGCUAUUGCUGAGAACUUACUGGAUGUAAUCAAGGACACAAGAAGUAAAGAAUUUACAUCUGAAGUUGUAGAACAAUCUAUUCAUGAAACCAUAGGUAAAAAAGUAACUAGAUUCCAGAAGGCAAAAACUCCCUUAGCAGCUGUGCAAGAAGGAGUGGAAGAUGAAACCAGCAGACAUCAAGUAGAGUACGUUAUCACUCCCAGGACACGCACAACGAGACAGCUGAGCAGAAGUCUAGAUAUUCCAUUAGCAGGUGCUCAGCAGCUACUGAAGACAGACAAACCAGUGCUGAUUGGACUGUCUCCUAGGAGAAGUACCAGGCGAAGAAAAGAAGCAUCUGAGGCUUCUAGUCUUCAAACAGAAGAAAAUGCUCAAGAUGAGCAAACACCUGCAUUGCCUGUUACUCCUAGGAGAGGUAGGAAGCCUAAACAGAGUAAUUUAGAAAAAGUAGAAAGCAGCCAUUCUGAUGGACAAACAUUGUCUCAGUCUGUAGCCGUUACUCCAAGAAGAGGAUUAAAGAGAGCAAAGGAAGCUGCAUCUGAACACUUGGAAGAGGCUAGUGAGGAAACAUCUCUUGCCGAAAGUAGCAUUAUUGCCUUUUCUAUUUCCAGAAGGGCCGGAGGAGGAAAAAGUUCAGAAGGAGAUCAAGAAACGAGCCAGAUUGACACUGAUCAUAAAGUAAAAUUGGCAGUCAGUCCCAGCAGAAGUGCAAGAAAACUGAAGAGCAUUAAUUUACAAUUCACUGAAAAUAUUGUCAAAGGUGAAGAGGUGAAGCCUAGUGAUGAACUUCUUUCACCUAUACCAACUAAGAGAGGCAGAAGAAGGAAGAUGAGUUCGUCAGAAGCUUCAGAAAAUUCUGACCUUGAUCUGUCCAAAUCGUCACUUCCUCAAACAGGUUUUAAACUUCCUGUCACUCCUCGAAGAAGUGCUAGGAAGGGGGCACAAAAUGUCUUGGCAGGCACAGAAUCUCUCUCUACUCAGGAAGACAUAAAUUCAGGUGGAAAAGUGGAAGCCCUUGAUACUCCUAAGAAAAGAACAAGAGUUCCACGUGCUAAACCAGAAAAAACUGAUCCUCAUGAGCAAACACCUGUACAGCCAAAGGAGGAAUCAACCACACCCAGCACUACAGUAAGGACAGGACGCAGGGGCAGGAGGAGACGACUGGAGAGCACACAGGAGGAGGCCUUUCCCCAAGGACCUGGUGGCAGCCCUUUGCUGCUUGAGGGCCUAAACCCAUCAGGACAUGGUGACACAUUAAGAACUCCAACAGAUCGUCUUAUGGGAACCAGAUCCCGCAGAACUGCUGCGCAUCAGAAACUGCCUGCUGAGAAAAAAGAGUCCUUCCUUUUCUCUCCUCCCCUCACAAAGCUGACAGAGAAAUUCAAAGCUGGAAAAGAAGACCAUCCAGUGCAACUUAAGGAUUUAGACCCAGACUUGUCUUCUCAGUUUGUCUUUUCACCCCCUCUUUUGAGGUCAAGGAGAAAAAAUGUAUCUAGCAUUUCCCGAAUUGUGAAAGAACCAGAGCUUCCAACUAAAGAGGAAGAGGAUGCCAAAUCCACAGAGUCUAUGGGAAAGGAAAAAUUGAAGAGAGGUAGAACUGCAAAAUCAAAAACAAAGAAAGCAAGCAAAACUGCAAGAAAAGAAGGUUCUUGGUCACCUCCACCAGUGGAAAUAAAAUUCAUCUCUCCUUUUGGAAGUCCAUUGGAUGGAGCAAAGAGCAAACAGAAAGAAACCGCAGAUGUGGCAGAGAAGACUCUACGAAAGAACAAAAAGAGACUGUCUAAUUUUCCAAAGCCAGUUGUGCGCCGGAAGAUGCUGUAACUGUUCUUUUUUAAGCUUAUAAUGUACACCACUGUUUGUAAAGUCAUCAAAAUUGUAUGGAUUAGUAAAAAAAAUCGUCUAAUUUGGAAGAGAUAAUUUAUAUAAAUUAUUGUAAAAUUUCAUAAACAAAUUGUCUUCAAUAAGUAACUCCAUAUGGAGUGCGAUUUCCUCAGUCAAUGCAGUUUUCUAUUUUAUAUUAAGACUUCAUACAUUUAUAUAAUAUGUAAAUACAGCUUAUUUUAGGAAUGUUAAAUAAACGUGUGUACUUCACAAAA